UUCUCGCACUCUUCUCCGGAAGCGCGAUUGCGGACGGAAUUACCACGUGAUUGUGACGUCAAGACUCCCGCGCCGGGCGGCCUGACGCCCUCGGCUGUCGUGGCGUGGCCGGUUUUCACCACGGUGUUGUGGCUUUUGCGGUCUUUUUCUCCAGACUACUUGGGCCUGGUCUCGGACUUAAGGAUGUACCACAACAGUAGCCAGAAGCGGCACUGGACUUUCGCCAGUGAGGAGCAGCUGGCACGACUGCGGGCUGACGCCAACCGCAAAUUCAAGUGCAAAGCGGUGGCGAACGGGAAGGUUCUUCCAAAUGAUCCAGUCUUUCUUGAGCCUCAUGAAGAAAUGACACUCUGCAAAUACUAUGAGAAGAGAUUAUUGGAAUUUUGUUCAGUGUUUAAACCAGCAAUGCCAAGGUCUGUUGUGGGUACAGCUUGUAUGUAUUUCAAGCGUUUUUAUCUUAAUAACUCAGUAAUGGAAUAUCACCCCCGGAUAAUAAUGCUCACCUGUGCAUUUUUGGCCUGCAAAGUAGAUGAAUUCAAUGUAUCUAGUCCACAGUUUGUUGGAAAUCUACGGGAGAGUCCCCUUGGACAGGAGAAGGCACUGGAACAGAUUUUGGAGUAUGAACUGCUGCUUAUACAGCAACUUAAUUUCCACCUUAUUGUCCACAAUCCUUAUAGACCGUUCGAGGGCUUUCUCAUUGAUUUAAAGACCCGCUAUCCUAUGUUGGAGAAUCCAGAGAUUUUGAGGAAAACAGCUGAUGAUUUUCUUAAUAGAAUUGCGUUGACGGAUGCAUACCUUUUAUAUACACCUUCUCAAAUUGCCCUGACUGCCAUUUUAUCGAGUGCAUCCAGAGCAGGAAUUACUAUGGAAAGUUAUUUAUCAGAAAGUCUGAUGCUGAAAGAGAACAGAACUUGCUUGUCACAGUUACUAGAUAUAAUGAAAAGCAUGAGAAACUUGGUAAAAAAAUAUGAACCACCCAGAUCUGAAGAAGUUGCUGUUCUGAAACAGAAGUUAGAGAGAUGUCACUCUGCUGAGCUUGCACUUAACGUAAUUACGAAGAAGAGGAAAGGCUAUGAAGAUGAUGAUUAUGUCUCAAAGAAAUCCAAACAUGAUGAGGAAGAAUGGACUGAUGAUGACCUGGUAGAUUCUAACCUUUGAAAUUGAUUUGUCAACCCUAAUAACAAAUCAACAGAAGGAUGAAGCAUGUUCGGCAUUUCAAUUUAUUUACAAAUGAAAUAAUUCGAAAGCAUCAAAAUCCAGUAAACUUUUCUAUUUAUUUGUUUUUCCUUUCAGGGUAGAUUUAUGUGAAAUAAAACAUCUUCAAAGGAACCAAAAUA